CCUGCGAUAAGUUUGUCUAGUGAGUUGAUAAUAAAAAAAAUGGUGGUUGUUAGCCUUCUUUUGCGUGAUAAUUAUUAAAUCACAAUGAAAUGGGUACUUUUUGGCCACGUGUGAGUCUCACAACCCGUCUGUUAUCGUUUUAGGAGUGUCUAAAUCGAGAAACGGUCGGGUGAAGCCAGCCCCCAAAAUGCCACUCUCUGGGGCCCAUUGACGCUUCAUUCACCAUGUCAACAACGGAGAACAACCGGUAUAUUGUGCAAGUGUACGUGGGGGCCUUAUCGGCGCUCUAUGAAGCCUUGUCAGUGGAAGCCAGUAAACAAACCACAUCCGAAGAGAUCGUUUCGUGUAUCGUUGAACGUCUCCUCCUCAAUGAAAACGUCACUUAUGAGUUGGCUGAAGUCAUAGGAGAUGACUUCGGGGAGGACUGCAAGGAGCGCCGGUUAGCCCCCUCCGAGAAUCCGGUCCAGGUGAUGAUGCUAUGGCCCAAAAACCGAACCGACCAGUCUUCAUACAGAUUCUACCUCCGAGAGAAGAUCAGCGAUUUUGGAUGGCAGGACCAGUUCGUGAUGGACCCCCAACUGAUCAAAGACUACUUCCACCGUUUCCUCUACCAGCCGAAAGACCGGGAAUACCCCGAUUUAUGCCAAUUACCCGAUUUGAACGAACAAACUUUACUCGACAAUCUUCGUGCCCGUUUCGUCGCUGGUCACAUCUACACCUACGUUGGAUCAAUCCUAAUUGCACUAAAUCCGUUUAAAUUUUACCCAAUUUACAAUCCUAAAUACGUGAAAUUGUACCAGAAUCGUAAAUUGGGCCCCAAUUUGCCCCCACAUAUAUUCGCAGUUGCUGAUACCGCUUAUUAUUGCAUGUUGAAAGACCGCAAGAACCAAUGUAUUGUUAUAAGUGGGGAGAGUGGUUCCGGGAAGACCGAAAGCACAAAUUUCCUCCUACAUCACUUAACGGCUUUGAGUCAGAAAGGUUCCCAUGGGAGUGGCGUCGAACAAACUAUUUUAAGUGCCGGUCCUGUUUUGGAAGCUUUCGGGAAUGCGAAAACAGCACAUAAUAACAAUUCCAGCCGUUUUGGGAAAUUCAUCCAGGUUAAUUAUAAGGAAAAUGGAAUGGUUCAUGGGGCCGUAGUCCAGAAAUAUUUACUGGAAAAGUCCCGAAUUUGUUCACAGGGACGCAACGAACGCAAUUACCACGUCUUCUAUUACCUCCUCGAAGGAGCCACUGAACAAGAAAAACAAAUCUUGCAUUUAAAAACCCCCGAUCAGUAUUACUACUUGAACAAAUCGUGUCAUUCAUUGGAGAAUGUCGAUGAGAGUUACGAAUUUUCCCGAUUGAAACAAUCAAUGGAAAUGGUGGGUUUCACCGCUGAGAAACAACGUCGUCUAUUUUCGGUACUUUCCGCUGUUUUGCUUCUUGGUAAUGUUGAGUUUCAACCACGUCGACCUGCCUAUCAUCAUGACGAAUCAGUCGGUGUAAAAAACCCCGAAGUUGUGUUUUUAAUAUCGGAAUUGUUGCGUGUUAAACAAGAGACGUUAUUGCAAGCUUUAACGGCGAAAAAAGCACGAGCUUCGGGGGAAACCCUCGUUAUUACGUAUAAAUUACCCGAAGCUAUAGCAAGUCGAGAUGCGAUGGCUAAAUGUUUAUACGGGGCACUCUUCGAUUGGAUUGUUUUACAAGUGAAUCAUGCUCUCUUAUCGAAAAAAGACACGCUACGGGAACACCAAGGCAACUCGAUUGGUGUUUUAGAUAUUUUCGGGUUUGAGGAUUUUGGUUUAAAUAAUAGUUUCGAACAAUUGUGUAUUAAUUACGCCAAUGAACACUUGCAGUAUUAUUUCAAUCAACAUGUCUUUAAAUACGAACAAGAGGAGUAUAGGAAGGAGGGGAUUCGGUGGAACAAUAUCGAUUUUAUGGACAAUACUGGGUGUCUCCAAUUGAUUGAAGGCAAACCCAAUGGGUUAUUAUGUCUCCUUGAUGAUCAAUGCAAUUUCCCAGGGGCCACCAACGAGACUCUCCUUCAAAAAUUCAACACCGUUCACAAAGACAACAAGUUCUACAACAAACCGCAGAAGAAAGAGGGCGCAUUUAUCGUUGUCCACUAUGCCGGUAAAGUCAAAUACCAAGUGACCGACAUGCGUGAGAAAAAUCUCGAUUUGAUGCGACAAGAUAUUGUCGGUGUAUUGAAAAACAGUUCAAUGGCAUUUGUACGUGAAUUGGUUGGGGCUGAUCCAGUUGCUGUGUUUCGAUGGGCAAUUGUUCGGGCUUUUUUUCGCGCUUAUUUUGCAUUUCACGAAGCUGGACGAAAGCACCGACAAGGACGUGUUGAUGGAAAUAAAAAUAACAUACAACAGCGCUACCAACGUAAUCAUAUUCCAAACGAAAAUAUUAUUAGCAAACAACGAAACAUCCUCUCAAUCAAUAGACUUGGACGAAACAACGAAAACAACGAAGUUCCUAGCAAUAAUAAUAAUAGACUCUCUUGGCCACAAUUUUAUCAACGAAAUCGAGCAAUAGGAGGCGCCACUAGUAAUAAAACACUAGACGAUGAACGAAGAAGAAAAGAUUCGACAGGAAACAAUCCUAAUUCGGCAUUAGAAAGAGUGCUGUGUCCGGACGAAGCAAGGGCCAUACAGAGAGCUAAUCAAAUUGUAAUGAAGAAUAAGUCGUUUCGUCCCCGCGAGCGUAGCAAAAAAGGUUUGAAGAAUCUGCAAUCGGUUAAAACCCUUGCUGGUCGUACCGGUUUAACCGCAACGAAUCAAGGCCAACUUGGUAAAGCCCGAAAACAGCCAAUGACAGUAACGGCUCAGUUUCAACAGUCGCUUCAUUCGCUCAUGGAUACGUUGAAUCAAGCAAAUCCGUUUUUUAUUCGUUGUAUCAAAUCGAAUAGUAAUAAAAUACCGAAUCAGUUCGAUGAUGAAACGGUUCAAAGACAGUUGAGAUAUACAGGGAUGUUGGAAACAGUGAGGAUAAGACAAGCCGGUUUUAACGUUCGGUUAACCUACGAUGAGUUUAUACAAUUAUAUCGGAUUUUGUUACCGAAAGGUUUGCUCAGUUCGCAGAAUGAUGUGCGAAAUUUUUUGGCGACGCUUAAUUUAGAUAGAGAUAAUUAUCAAUUGGGGAGUAGUAAAGUGUUUCUACGCGAAUCCGAAAAGCACAAAUUAGAUUGUAAAUUGCAUCAACAAAUUAUGGCGAGUAUUAUUACAUUACAAAGAUGGUUUCGGGUUUGUUUGGAACGGAGAAGAUUUCUCAGGAUUAAAAGUGCCGUCAUUACAAUACAGUCCUACUGUAGAAUGUUUCUAGUGCAGAAAAAUAUCAAGAAAUUAAAUGCUGUUGUCAAAAUACAGAAAGCAUGGAGGGGGUAUAAAAAUCGCAACGAUUGGGUGAAAAUUCGUGGGAAAAUCAUCGGUUUUCAAGCUUAUUGUCGAGGGUUUUUGUUACGCAAGAAAUUGCUUGCAGUUCGAGAGUCAAAAAUUCACAAACAGAUCCAAUUCUUCAAGUCGUAUCAAAUCGCUGAAACUUUCUUCCUGCAGUACCUCAAUCUUGUUAUUUGCGAAUUGGAGGAUACGAAAAAGGAGGGUGUACUCCUCGAUGAUUCAAAACGAAAAAUCAGUAAAACACACAAAACGAUCGAUUAUUCCGAACUUGAUUACGAUCCACAAUCUCAUCGUAAAAAUAGUGAUGAUUCAUUAAAUACCGAAUCGUUUUUAUCAUCACAUCCAAAAAGUAAACAAUGGUCAACACAAAGCACCGAUUCGGAGACAUUUUGUACACAUUCAGCGCCGCCAACUGUCGGUAGUUUUUCAUCGGAGGAGGUUUUCAAAAACGAAGAAAUCUCAACAAAACCCCAACUAACACGAGCACCACCUGUUAAUGCCAAACGUAAUCUAGAAGGCUUAAAAAGUCUCCCACCUGUACGCCGAACAAAUCGUGAAAUUCGUACAAAUGAUGAAAAAACAGAAGUUUAUUAUGGUAAUGAUCACACACCGAAUAAAUUAGAACAGAUUUUGGGUAAACCAGAAGUGCCAAGUCGUAGUGUGCGUAAUAAAACGAAAAGAGGUCACGUGAAGAGUUUAGGAGAAGAAAUGACAGAUAGUGGAAGUUUAGAUAAGAGUGUGAUUUUAGGAACAAUUGAAGAAACAAAAACAUUACACAAAGAAGAUUUAAUUAAUAAACCAUCACUAACACCGAAACGUCAAAGACAUAACAUCGGUUUGGAUCUAAGAAGGCGAAAUAGUGAUCCUGCAACUAAAGCAAGUGUUAGUGAUACUAGUCCACAAAAAAUCCCACCCCCACAUGAUGAUAACCUCAAAUAUGAGAAAAAAAUUUAUAAUAAUUUUCAAAUUGCCGGUCAUACUUUUCGUAAAAUUCAUCGAUUACAAAAAGACGAUUUGUGUGCUUUUUGUAAUGAGAAAGUCGACAUUUUUCUCACUCAUGUGUACAAAUGUUCAAAUUGUAAGAAGAUUUUUCACACGAAAUGUAUCCAAAAUCGUAGUGUGUGUAAAAUGCCCUGUGACCAAUCAUAUACAAGUAGACGCAAACAAAGGAAACACUCACGAACACCAUACGAUUUUGGUAAGUUUAACCUAACCGGAACCUCGGAAUUCACCGAUCGUACCGAUCAAAUCAUCACUGGAACCGAAGAAUUGACAUUAAUGCAACAAUUCAUCACUGAUAAAAUCAUGAAAAUUGAGAAUGAAGUCGGGGAAAAACCGAGCGAUGUUGAUCGACUCUUCAAACAAGCAUUACGCGAAUUUAAGGAUAAUCUAGUACAGAUAUACAGUGCGGCCACAAAACAUGGAUUCGAUGCCGGUUGUAUACGAUAUAAAGACUUGAUAAUGAAUUUUAUGCAAGCGAUGCAAACGGUGUGUCAAAGGGAACAAAAAGAGAAUGAUGUUGAUUUUCCGGUAACGAUGGGUGUGAAUGCAUUUCGCGGCUUCAUGAACGAAUUUAUGUCAACACGAGCUGAGGAAAAACCGAGUAAAACAAAACGAAAAAAAGAGAAAAAACGCAAAUUGGAAACUUAUAAACAUAAAGGUCAUACUUUUCUCCUGACAAUCAUUAAUAUUCCUACGGCUUGUGAAAUAUGUAAUUCGUUUUUUAUGUGGCCAAUUGAGCGUGGUUUAGUGUGUCAAUCGUGUAAAUUGACAUGUCAUAAGAAGUGUUAUUUGAAUGCGACGAAUUGUAAUAAGGAAGAGGGUAGUGAAAGUCGUGUUUUUGGCGUACCUUUAGUGUCAUUAAUCACUGAAAAUAGUAAAGUCCCACUUGUUAUAGAACGUUUAUUGCGUACUAUAGAAAUGCGUGGGUCGUAUACCGAGGGGAUUUACCGAAAAUCCGGUGUUAGUUCAAAAAUCAAAGAAUUGAAAUCAAAAAUGGAUGAAAAUCCUGAUGAAGUUGAUUUUGAAAAGUAUCAAGUGCAUGUUUUAGCCUCAGUUUUGAAAUGUUUCUUGCGUGAAAUGCCUGAACCAUUAUUAACAUUUGAAUGUUAUGAGAAUUUUAUCACUGCUGCCAACUUAGAAGAUCCCCAAGAUCGUGUUGCAACACUAUAUGACAUUUUGAAAAAGUUACCACCGGCUAACUACGAUUUAAUGGAACGUUUAGUGUUUCAUCUAGCACGUGUUGCACUACAUGAAGAAGUGAAUCGAAUGAGUGCUGCAUCACUUGCAAUUGUUUUUGCACCUUGUGUCUUGCGAACCAAUAAAGUGGUGCCAGCUCAGGACAGUUUGCAGGAUAUUAGUAGUCAAACUCAAUGUAUUGAGACUAUAAUCAAGGAGCAGUUGCGUAAAGUGAGGGCCACUUUAGAUGAUAUUGAUACACUUGAUACUGCAUGUCAAGCAGCAACCAAUAGAUUGUCCUCAUUGAGGAGUUCUAAAGUUUUUAGUCCUGAGGAGUUGUUGCCGAGUAAUCAGCCUCAACAACAGACAACCAAUGACGAGGAGCAUCUCCUUGUGGAUCAUAUCCAAGAGAUCCAGAAGGAGAAGGAACAUUUGACGUCGACUUUGCCCACUUUGACACAUGCGAUGUCAGAUGAUGAUAUGUUGUCGACGGAUGGAGAUGGGAGUUUGGAUGAUAUUUCGUGUCUUGGGGAUGAUAAAGUGAGACUUCCGGUUGUGAGAGAUGGGGCGUUUCCGGUGAAAUUGAAAAGACAGUUGUCGGCGGAUUGUGAGGAUCCCAUUAUGGUGUAAAAAUGUACAUAGAGAAUUGUUUUUUAGUACUUAAAUUACAAUACUCGUAUUUCUUAAUCAAUCAGCUGUUGUAAAAUAAGCCAAAGCAAUAUUUUUCUUAUUGGUGCAAUUCGAUUCGUUGAGAUUGUUUAAGAAAUAGAAGAUAUUUAUUCGUGGAUAUUUAUUGAGAUGCAUUUUUAUAUUAUUGUUAAAUGUGUUUGUUGGUAGUUGAGUACCAGGGUCAUCACUCUUUUGCUAUUGUGCUUUUAAGUUAGUUCGUUUUUAGUUUACUAACAAUUUGCGUUGAUUUGUUUUUUUAACCAUUCCAUGGAAAUUUUAUGCUCAAAUGACUGCGCAUUCCUAUCUGUGUGAGCCAAAUCGGGAUGAUUUUUGCCAAUACGAUAGGGCAUUUCAGAACAUGACUGAAUUUAUAGAUUUCUCUCUUAUUAAAUGUUGGUUAAGUAAACGUUUAUAUCUAAAUUAAUAAAUAUACCAAAUGUUAACAAUAAUGACACAAUUGUAUAUCAAUAUAAAUAAAAUACUCUAAAUUUAAUAUGCUAAUAUUUUGUAAAUAAAAAUUACAAGUA